GGUUCCAUACAGGUUGCAGUCUGUGGCAUCCAGUUUUUCACAAAUGACUACUCAGAUGUUGGUCAGAGGUCAAUACAGCAGUAUUAUGGAAUUAAGGAAUGGGUUCUCUGCUUCUGAAAGAAUUACACAACAUACUAUGAAAGAAGCUAGGGUCUCUCAGUGGAAGCCAGAAAACUGCAAGAAAUACCUCUGUGAUCAGUUCACACUGACAUGCUUCAUUCCAACAAGACACAGUUCCACCCUUCCUCCUUCCUCCUGAUAGGGAUCCCAGGGCUGGAAGAUUUGCACCUUUGGAUCGGCUUUCCCUUCUUUGCAGCGUAUCUGAUAGCCGUCUUGGGGAACACCAUCAUCUUAUUUGUGAUCCAAACUGAACACAGCCUCCACCAACCUAUGUUCUACUUUCUGGCCAUGUUGGCAUGCACCGAUUUGGGUUUAUCCACAGCCACCAUCCCCAAGAUGCUGGGCAUUUUCUGGUUCAAUCUCGGGGAGAUUACAUUUGGAGCCUGCAUCACUCAGAUGUAUACCAUCCACCUAUGCACCGGCCUGGAAUCUGUGGUGCUGACAGUUAUGGCCAUAGAUCGUUAUGUUGCUAUAUGUAACCCACUGAGGUACAGCAUGAUCCUCACCAACAAGGUGAUAGCUAUUCUGGGUGUACUCAUCAUAGUCAGAACUUUGGUAUUUGUGACUCCGUUUAUAUUUCUCAUCUUUAGGUUGCCUUUCUGUGGUGUCCGAAUUGUCCCACAUACCUACUGUGAACACAUGGGUUUGGCAAAGCUAGCUUGUGCUAAUAUCAGGGUCAAUGUUAUCUAUGGAUUGGUUGCUUUCUCAGUGGGAUACAUUGAUCUAUCUGUGAUUGGAUUUUCCUACAUCCGGAUUCUCCAAGCAGUCUUCCGCCUUCCAUCCUGGGAUGCUCGGCUUAAGGCACUUAGCACAUGUGGCUCCCAUGUGAGUGUCAUGUUGGCCUUUUACCUGCCAGCUCUCUUCUCAUUCAUGACACACCGCUUUGGCCACAACAUCCCUCACUAUAUCCACAUACUUCUAGCCAAUCUGUAUGUGGUCGUUCCUCCUGCCCUGAACCCUGUUAUCUAUGGAGUCAGGACUAAACAGAUAAGGGAGAGAGUAGUAAGAAUGCUUAACCCUAAGAUGCACUGAAAUUUAGUUCCAAGAUCUUCCAUAACAGUCCAAUAAGAAAAUAAUGAUGUCUAGUCAGAUGUAAACAUUAGAAACACAUUCUGUUAAAUUUCCAUGAGAGAGCACGUGAACAAUAAACUCUGAAAAACCAAA